GAAGACUUUGGCAGACUUUUGCCGAGGGGGAGCUGGGACAUUCUUUCCAAGGUGGGAAGGCAGAGGAAGCCUGGAGGUGUCUGGAGGGAACGGAGGAGCUCCCAACCACGCCUGGGGAGACGGCGGAGGAGGCUCCGUGCCGGGCAAGGACGGGUCUCUCCUGGGCCUUGCUGGGCGUCCUUGGCGGGUUUGCAGCCGGUCCGCGUCUCCUUCGCUCCUUCGCUCCUUCUUCCCUGGGCCGCCCCCCGGCCUUUGCGCACGCUCUCGGCGGCGUCUCCACCCGGGCUGCUCUCCCUCCGGGCGCAGAGCGGGAUAAGAGGCGGCAGCUGCGGGGAAACGGCCUUUCCUCCCGGACGGAGCUCGGGCGGCCCAGGGCGGAGCGACACCACACCUGCGGGGCCGCGAUGGAGAAGAGCCGCCUCCUCCACGGGAUGCAGGGCAGGUCUUAUCUGGGGAUCUCUGGGAAGAAUGGCAACGGGGCCGUGGUGGGCUACGUUCCGGACCUCAGUGCCAUCGAGCUGGGCCUGAAGGGGAACCAGCACUGCCACUCCAGCUGGGCCGCCAGCAACGGCUAUGACGCAGAGAAAGAGAGGGCUCGGCGGAAGUUGUAUCUCGCCUCGGUCAUCUGCUUAGUCUUCAUGACCGGGGAAGUUGUGGGAGGAUACAUUGCUCAUAGUCUGGCCAUUAUGACGGAUGCUGCCCAUCUCCUCACCGACUUUGCCAGCAUGAUGAUCAGCCUUUUCUCGCUCUGGAUGUCCUCUCGUCCUCCCACCAAAACCAUGAAUUUUGGCUGGCAUCGUGCAGAGAUUUUGGGAGCCCUCUUGUCUGUGCUGUCCAUCUGGGUGGUGACGGGCGUCUUGGUCUACUUGGCGGUGCAACGGCUCCUCUCGGGCGACUACGAGAUCGAAGGCAACGCCAUGCUCAUCACCUCCGGUUGUGCUGUGGUGGUGAACAUCAUAAUGGGAAUCUCCCUCCACCAGUCGGGACACGGUCCCGGCCAUCACAGCCACGGGGAGGGCAGGCAGAACACCAGCGUCCGAGCCGCCUUCAUCCACGUGGUCGGGGACCUUCUGCAGAGCAUUGGGGUCCUGGUCGCAGCCUACGUCAUUUAUUUCAAACCAGAAUACAAAUACGUGGAUCCCAUCUGCACCUUCCUCUUUUCCAUCCUGGUCCUCGGAACCACGUUGAGCAUCCUCCGAGACGUUGUCCUGGUGCUCAUGGAAGGAACCCCCAAAGGAGUGGAUUUCAACCACGUGAAGAUGACGCUGUUGUCCAUCAACGGGGUGAAAGCCCUCCACAGCCUCCAUAUCUGGGCCCUCACCGUGUCUCAGCCUGUCCUCUCCGUCCACAUCGCCAUCAACGAAGACGCGGACGCGCAGACGGUGCUGAAGGAAGCCAGUUCCCGGCUGCAGCGAGCCUUCAAUUUCCACACCAUGACCAUCCAGAUCGAGAACUACUCCGAGGACAUGAAGGACUGCCGGGCCUGCCAGAGCCCCUCCGACUGAGCCUUGCCGCCAACAACCCGUCCUUUUCGGAGCUGCUACCUCGGAGGUUCUUUCUGACUUUGGGACCAAUCGUGUCCAAAACCGACUCGCUCAACUUGCAACAAACCUGUCCCUGGUUUGUUUGGGAGCCGAGCAAAGAGACACUUUCCCUUUCCCGUCCUCUUGUAGUCUUUUCCUCCUUCGGUUCCUUUUGUGCCUUUGUCCGUCCUUCUCUCUUUUUCUAUAAAAUUUAAGAAGCUAAAAUGAAA